AGCCCUUGCGUGUUGACAACAUUUGUGUCCUCGACGAACCUAAAUUUAUGAAAUUGAUGUCAAACGUCGUGAAAACGUUAGCAUCUGAUUCCAGGUGCGGCAGUGUAGAGCAACGAUACGCAAGCAUGAAGGUGGUGGUGGGUCUGACUUCUCUUCUGGUGGCUGUCGUGGCCGCUGCAGCAGGAGUUAUGACGGAGAGAAAACGGCAACAAGAGCUCAAGGCAUGCGGCUGCGGAGAUGGCGAGUGCUGCAACUCGGUGCGUCCCUCUGAACGACGUUACCAACUUCCGCACGCGCACGUGGAGCACUGGGAUACGCGCAACGGCGAGUGCGACUCGAGCUGGGCCAAGCUGGCACCAGGAGGGGCUGCAGACAGUCAAGGUGACAAGCCGCGCACCAGCUUCGGGACGCUCAUCCUGUUGCGCCACGGUCAGAGCGUAUGGAACCGCAAGCCUGAUCGCCCCUCGGACUUGUGGCGCUAUGCCGGAUCCAUCGACAUUCCCUUGAGUGAGGUAGGCAUGCAGGAGGCUUACGAGGCGGGAAAGAGGUUGGAGUACGUACCGAUCGACGUGGUGUUCUGCUCGCAGAUGGACCGUGCACGCACGACCAUGUCACUGGCAUUGAGUGUGCACUCCAGUAAGAAAACCCCAGUUGUGGAACAUCGCUCACCACUGGAAAACCCAUCCUUUGAGGGAGUCAAUGACAAGAACCCCUACGACUUCAUCAUCCCAGUGUAUGUGUCUCCGACACUAAAUGAGCGCAAUUUCGGUGAUCUGCAGGGUGUGCCAAGCACAAAGCAUACCGUCAUGUUUAACAGAGAACACGUGAAGAAGAUCCGAAACGAUUAUUACACGCGAUUCCCAGGCGAAAAUGGUGAAAGCUGCGAAGACAUUCACAAACGGACCAUCCCAUUUUUCAACUCGUUUAUCCUACCUCAUCUUGCUGCGGGACGCAACGUGUUAGUGUCCUCGCACGGUUUUGUUAUCCGGACGCUCAUUAAGUACCUGGAUGGCAUGGAUGCAAACGAGUUCAGCGAGCAGAUGAAGUUGGAGAAGACAGCACCUGAGAAGUGCCUGCUGCUUGCUCCGACCGGUAGGCGGUCUCAUUUCCAAAUUUCCUUGCUCCGUGGUAUCUAAUACUACGGUUUAUGUCUAUCUAGGCGUUCCACUCAUGUACAAGUACGAGAAGGGGGAGUUCAAAAAGCUCGCACAGACUCGCCGCGAUCGUGCGGAGAGUUUAAGUCGAAGCAUUGCGCCGUAUUAGAGGGAUUGAAGUGCUGUGCUGCUGAGUUUGUUUUACGGGAAUGAUGUCGACAGGUUGACGUUCAUUCAAAGCAGAUAGAGUGCAUCAUUCGUGUCGGAUACUGUACUCAUUACGCACAUUUUGCAGAGCUGUGUUGUUCAAAAUAUUCACUGAAGGAUCAAGGCCGAGUUGGUAAUUUGCAUUGAUGCGUGCAUCAUCCGUACCCUGCAUCUUCGGCUCAUUUUUCUAUCUCGGUGGUAAAGUAUACUGAGGGACUAUGCUUCUCCAG